GGGGUCGUCACCCCGGGGCCCGCGCGAGGCUGUCGCCGCGAAGCGCGGCGGGGACGCGCCUCACCCCGAGUCCGGGACCACCGCAGCCUGGGCGCGCGGCUGGGGUGAAGCCCCAGUGGAGCCGCGGCGGGAACAGCGCCCGGCUCCUUUAAGAGGGGGCGGGGCCGCUGGUGACCUCUGACGGGCCCCGCCCCUUCCUGGUUGCCAUAGCCACUGCGCGCUGGCGUCCCAAAAUGGCGUCGCUGCUGCCGGACAAGCUGUUCGAGGCGCGCGGGCAGGCGCCGGCCCCCAGCAAGGACUUCUACCAGGUGCUCGUCACCCGCAGCCAGGUAAUUUUCAGAUGGUGGAAAAUCUCUCUUAGGAGUGAAUUUCGUGAAUCAAAGCCUGGAGAAAUUAAAGAAGCUCAUGAGGAUUUCUUGGAUGACCCAUCUCUUCAGAUUCAAAUUGCUAUCGUGUUUGGUGCUAAAGUUCUAGAACAUAUCUUUAAUCUAUGCCGAGGCAACUUUGACUUCCUUGAACGGCUUCCGGAUCCAUUGCUCCUAAAUAUCAUUUCCUUUCUGGGUCUUGAAGAUAUUGCCAGGCUUUCUCAAGUCUCACACAGAUUUGAAACGAUAUGCAACUGUGACACACUGUGGGAAAAAAUUGUGCAGAAUUUGUGCGAUACAAUUACCCCUGAAAUGAAAGCACUGGCACAGGAAGUGGGCUGGAAACGAUUCUUCUUCACUAGCAAACUUCAGCUUCAGCUGCAGAUUCGAAGAAGGAGGCAGAAACAAGAUAAUUCAGAAAAAGAACUGAAUAAAUAAAGCUGCGUGUUUUUGAUUGAAAGCAAGCAUGAUAAAUAUGUAAUCAAGAGGAAGAAGGAGACAUCUGACUCUGGGGAAAAGAAGACACAGAUAAAGGAAGGAAAAUAGAACACAAGAGGAGGAUUUCCCCAGGGAAUUUAGCAGGAAGAAUACAUAUACAGGAAUAUGCAUAUGUGCAUCAACAGCAAAACCAAAGGUUUCGUAAGCACUGGAAACUCCAAAAGUACCAGAGGAUCCUUUCUCCGUUGGACCUUCUCUCAGCCAGUAAGUUUCUCCUCUCUUCCUCACCUCCUUACUUCACCAGUCACCAUGGUUACCUGCACCCAGUCGGCAGGUGUUAUCCACAAGCUGCUCCAGCGCUGGAUCCACUGCUGCUGGAGUCCCUGCUGAAUCUCUCCACGUGCCCCAGGGUGCCAAGGAAAACCCCUUGCUGUGGAUUUAAGUAGCUGCUGGCUCCUAAUCAGUUAACAUUAACCCCAGGUGCAAUCCCCUUCCCAACUGUGCUAAGUAUUUAACUUUGCCCUGUCCCUGACCUGACUACUUGCGACUUAGUAACAUCAAAGAAACAGGGCUGUCUUUGCUCUGUUACAAGCAGGAAUCCAAAACCUUCAACAGUGCAAUAAUGAAUAGAACAAAACUCUAUAGAGAGAAAUUAUCUAAUCAGAAUGAAGUUUACAAGUAAUAAAACAACACUAAUAAUAAAAGGUACAUUAGACUUUUAAUUCUGUCACACAAAGGUGUUGCACAUUGCAGAUUGUAAUUUCUAAAAAUGCUUCUUGUAUCAUGAUUUUUUAAAGAAUUUGAUGAUUACACUUUAAAUGUUGCUGUCUAAUCUGCCUAGCAACAAAUUACCCUCUCACACCCUCUAGUGGCUAAUAAAAAUAGGAAACCAAGUUGUACUUCCUUCAACUAGAUCGCUCUUCAGAAAUGUCCAUUAGGCUGUAUCUGCCUUCUUACACUUGAGGAAGGAUAUUUUGUGCCUCAAACUGUCUCUGAUAUCUCUCCCAACUGUACAGUUGGUUCAUUAAAUAAUAAAAUAUUUAAACUUUUUAAAUGGUACAAAAUUCAUGACAGGAAAUAGAGAAAUUGUAAAAGCCCCAACCUCAUAAAAACUUAAAUGCAUGCUUCACAUAGACACGUAUGCAUAUGUACAAAUUCUGCAUGCAUGCAUCUUCAAGAUGAGAUCUGAAAUAAAAUAGGAACUGGCUCAAAUGAUAGAAAUUUCAAGCUGAAUUUCCUGAUUACCACUUUCCAAACAUAUUUGGAAGAAUAAGAGCUCCUUUUCUUUCUCUAGUUCCAAAUGACUGUUUUCAGUGGGUCUUUUAGAGUUCAUAAAAGCAAAUCUUUUAUGUACAGAAAAGCUUGUAUGUAUGUAAAAGUGUGUUUGCUAUAGGUUUAAUAUGUUUAUCAUUAAAGGACUCAUCUUCA